GAUGCUAUCAGGUGUGGAGUAUGCAUACGCAUACUGCAUCUUCCCUUCUACACUCCCGCUUCGGGAAUACGUUCAAUGCAUAAUGGAUGUGGCCAUAGUCAUAAACCACACAAAUGAUAUAUUGUCAUACUAUAAAGAGGAGAUGGAAUGCGACUCCGCAAACUACCUGUGGCUCAUGACAGCCUCGCGUGGACUUACAAAACAAGCUGCUCUCGGGGAACUCAUCGAGAAAACUGUGCAAGCACAUCACAGUAUCCUCAAAUUCCUGGGACCGCGCCCCGAGGCAUAUGACGCCCACGUCGCGUUUUUCGAUGGGUACAAGCUGGAGGAGGUCAUGUCUCAGAGGUCAUCUUCUUGAUGGCAACCUUUUCUUAUGGUAUUUCUCAACUCUUUGUGUAUGUUGAUCGCAUCUUGAAGUAGAGUACUAACUAUUAUGUCUACCACUUGCAGUACCUGUCUCUGUGUCUGCCAGGCACCAUUAGAUUGCCUGUCCCUUGAACUUUUCUUACUCCUUGCAGUUCAAUCAAGGGGUUUUAUGAGAAUAUGCGCAUUUUUCUGAUGUAUUGACUUCUGGCUUAAUUCUAUGUGUGUCAAGCUCGAGGACUACAACUCAAAUAGCAGGCCAGACUCCAAACCAUCGGCGGUGUGUGAAGU